AUGCUUGUAAAGGGUCACAAAUUGACACUGCUCUGUAUAUGUCUUAUUUUGCUGAAUAUUCUCCAGUAUUCAAGAUACGACUCGGUCACUUGCCAAAAUAUACGAUUGUCGAAUAAUUUGCACGGAGAAUUAUUUGAAAGGAAAGAGAAUCCAAAGGAUCAGAACGAGAAGGAAGACUUCUGGGAUAAUGGCAAAGAAGACGGAGGCCUCAUUGCUCUUCAAUCUAUCUUCGACGCGAUAGAAGACACGGAAGUUCCACUCCAGGAUAUUCCGAUAAAACACAGGCACUCGGCUUUAUCCGCCCUUAAGGGGGUGUCAUCGGAUAUCCGCAUGAUGCACCGUCACAUGGCGCGUCUUGCAAUGAAGCUCAAUCCAUCAUUAAAAGUCGACGUUCAGUUCUAUGGCAACUUUCCUGACCCAAACGAGAACGUUUUCGACGAUUUUCGUGUUACUUCUUACAUGCCAUUAGCUUCUCUUCAAAAUGCCUACGAGGGAAAGUGGUCGCAGUACAGUGCUAUUUUCUGGAUCGCAAACAGCCUCAACAUCAUUGACAUAACAACGAUUCAAGAUGGAAUAGAAACUGUUUCCACUAGCUCUCCAGGAACGCUUUUGUGUGGUAAUGCAGUAAAUGGCAAAUCUUGCGUCGCUGACGCAAUGAUGUUCACUCCUGAAACUGGAAAAAUGAUUUACAUGCGAAUAAGAUCGUCGAUGGGGAUAAUCGCAUCAAUAUCUCAAAAAUAUACACAGCCAUCUUCGAUCAUUAACCCAUUAAGUGGUUUCUUGGGAUCAGAGUCAUUCGAAAUUCGCUUCAACAAAAAGAUGAACUUAUCUCUGGAUAAAAUAUCCAAAGCAUAUCAACUUUUCACUGCGCAUUCAACGAAACGAAAUCUACCAAAAUAUCUUCGUGAAACGCAGAUUGUCUCGCAACAAAAACGAGUCAAAUUUAUACAACCUCCGUCUUGCAGCGGAGAUGGUUUCGUCAGUUUCAUUAAAUCGAGCCGGAAGGGCUCUUUUCGGCGAGAUGAGAUUCGCAAAUAUUACAUGGAAAUUUUAAAGAAGCAAUACCAGGACUCCUUCCAUCUGUUCUUUCUUCUUGGAAGUCCAUCGUCAAAAGAGGAAAAAUGGCUAACUGACGAAAUCAAAGCUGAGAGCGAAAAACACAAUGACAUAGUGCUAUAUGAUUAUGAAGACAAUUAUGAAAACUUGCCAAUGAAAACAUUUGCUGGUUAUCAAUUUUUCAAUGAUCGCUGUAUGAAGAAAAAAUAUGCGAUCUUCCACGACGACGAUAUUUUCAUAAAGCUCAACGAGCUGGAGGGUCAAUUAAAAAAGUUGGAUCCGUCCGUACCUGAAAUAAAGUGUUUAAAAGGAAAAUGCAUCCCUGAAGCGCCAGCAAUGUACUUCGGAAAAUACUAUACCUGGAUUGACCUCUAUCCUCCAAUGUACUUUAUUCCCACCUAUAGUAACGGGCAAGCAACCGCUCUCACAGCAUCAGCAGCAAGAAAAAUAUAUGAAGCGGCAAAGGAAACGGAUUACAGAGAGUUCCGCAUCGAGGAUAUGCUCUACACGGGGAUCCUACGUGUUAAAGCAGGCAUCUCUAAGAUCUCUGGGAUGGUGCUUCAAGAUGGCGGAUCGGUCAGUUGGCACAAACAAGGAAUGUCUGAUGAAAGUCUUUUCUUCCAAAACCUAACCCUACUUUACAAGAAUAACGAGCUUUCGCUUAGAGCAAUGCAAUAA